CAGUCAGAGAGACAAAAUUGCUGCUCGUCAUUCAUCUCUUCGCUUCAGCUUCAAUUAAACUUUGUUAGUUCUCCAAUUAAUAUUUAGCACUGAUUAAUAAGAAAAUGGCUUCGGGGGGCGUGGAUGCCGGCCUAUUUAAGCUGCGCUGCACCCUCCUCGGUCAUUCAAUGGAUGUCCGUGGCGUAGCGACUGGGCAAACGGAAGGAGGAAAGGAAUUCAUCGUGUCUGGUUCGAGAGAUAGAUCAAGCAAGGUUUGGAUGCCAUCGGACACGGACAAUGGAUUUGUUCAGUUUCAGUCGUGUGAAGGGCACACAAACUUUGUAUCAUGUGUUCACACAAUUCCACCAAAUGAUAAGCACCCGACUGGACUGAUUCUCAGUGGGGGACAUGAUCACACAAUUCUCGCAUACGAAAUGGGGAAACAUCAACCCGUGUUUCGACUAGUGGGACAUAAAGGAACUGUAUGCUCUAUCGGCGGAACCUCGGAUUCACUCAUCGUUUCCGGCAGUUGGGACUUAUCUGCAAAAGUAUGGGAGGAACAAAACUGCGUGGCCAGUCUGACAGGCCACACGGCUGCUGUUUGGGCAGUUGCAACAGUGCCUGGAACAGUGGGAGAGCACCGAAUUCUGACUGGAUCCGCGGACAAAGAAAUCCGGCUCUGGAUCAAUUAUCAAUCUUCCAAAGUCUAUUCUGGUCACACUGACUGCGUCCGAACGUUGGCUGUGAUAAAUUCUGAUCAGUUCUUAUCAGGCUCAAACGAUGCGAGCAUCCGACUCUGGAGUAUUGCAGAUGGAGAGACUUUGCAAACGUUUUAUGGACAUACCAAUUUUAUAUACAGCAUCGCUAUCCUUCCGUCUUCCAAUGGCUUCGUUUCGGUGGGCGAGGAUCGUACCCUCCGUAUUUGGCAGAACGGCGCCACUUCCCAGGUUCUCUUUCAUCCUGCCAUUUCAGUGUGGACGGUAGCCUGCCUGUCCAAUGGCGAUGUUGUGACUGGCUCAUCGGAUGGAGCAUUGCGCGUCUUCACCUCUGACCCUGACCGUUAUGCGGCACACGAAACGUUGGCUGCCUUCGAGGAGGAGGUUUCUCACUCCGUCCUCGCCGCACAACAAGACCUUGGGGGGAUGAAGAUCUCUGAACUACCCGGAAGAGAAUGUCUCUUUAUUCCAGGCAAGAGCGACGGGGAGACAAAGAUGGUCCGCGAGGGGGAGAAAGUCGGCUGCUACUCGUGGUCCGCGGCGGAAAAGAAAUGGGACAAGGUGGGGGACGUUGUGGGCGCAAGUGGCGCUACGCAAAACACGUCUGGAAAAGUUUUGCACGAGGGGAAGGAGUACGAUUAUGUGUUUGCGGUGGAUCUCGAAGGACAAAAGGCGCUCAAAUUGCCGUAUAAUGUGACUGAAGAUCCCUGGUUUGCGGCACAAAAGUUUAUCGACAAGAAUGAAUUGAGUCAACUCUUUUUGGAUCAAGUGGCCAACUUUAUCAUUAAUAAUACAAAAGGGAUGCAGUUGGGUAAUGCGUCAGAUAGCAAUGAUUUUGUCGAUCCUUUUACCGGUGGGAAUCGUUACAUGCCCGGUUCUGGUGGAGGAAGCGGAUUUUCAUCGGCUGGAAGUGUGGGUGCCGCUCUCGAUCCAUUCACUGGCUCGGGUGCUUACACAACUUCUACGUCACAACCGGCUCAGAAAAGUACUGGAUCCGCCACCGAGCUGAAUAACUCCAACUCUGGACCUUGUUUCCCAACAGAAGAAUUCAUCCGGUUUACCACCCCACCGAACUAUGUCGCUUUGGAAAAGAAAUUAGUCGAGUUUGUAACUAGUAUGGGAGAAGAUUCUUCGAGCGGAAGAAUUCAGACAUUGCUCGACAUCGGUAGGAAGGCGGAGUGGAAUGUGGGCGUGGAGAAAGAAGUGAGACAAUGUCUGGGAUCGUGGCCGGGAGACAAAAUAUUCCCAAUUUUGGACCUCCUUCGCCUCGCCGUCGCCACACCAUCCUUCGUUUUAGGACUGGAUUCUAGUAUCAACGUGGUUACCGAAUUCUGCGGAAAGUUUAUGGAUAAGGGGACCCCCACGAAUCAAAUGCUGUCCCUUCGUCUCCUCUGUAAUGCGUUUGGCCCGCUGACCCCACAACUUGCACAGGACAGGUCUAUCGUCGUGAGCCGAAUGCUGACCAAUUUGGCGAAAGGGAAAACCAAUGAGAUUGCGGCAGCGACGUUGAUACUCAAUUAUUCCAUUGUGGUGGCUGGGCUGAAUAAGAAUCCGAUCUUGAAGUGGGCAACGAGUGACGCUCAAACUGAAAUUUUGAUGACUGCUGUCCAAAUGCUGGACCAUGUUGACGAGCCCGAAGCUCUCUUCCGACUCCUUGUCACGAUUGGGAACCUCGUUUAUGGGAAUAGUAGGAUGGCCGACUUAUUUUCCAACCUGGGAGGAACAUCUCUACUCCGCAGCUACAAGGACGUGACCUCCUCCGUGUUGCCGAAAGUCAAAAAUUGCUGUGAACAGAUUGAAGCUUCCAUGAUAUCUGCGAUAUCCGGAGGUGGACCGAGUUCUAGUUCGAGGAUGAAUUAAGUUAAAAAUACGUUUUCACAUAAUACGUACUUAAAAUUUACUGGGUUUUUCUAAUGAAUUAUAUAAUACCAAUAAUUUAUCAUUGAAGACAGAAAUAUUUGUACUAUUGUAUUGAUGAUUGAUAUAUAAUACAAAAGAUAAACCGUGGUAUAUAAUUCACAACCACUCAAAA